UUCGCAAGAGUGUCCACCAAGGAAAACACCUUAUUAAAUACAUGUAUGUCACAGCCAAAUGUUAGGUUAGCGAUCUAUUAAGUAAGGACGCGGACGUUUAAUUAUUGCAAGAUCCACCGUCAGACUAAACCGCAUCUUUUUUAUUGGUUCUUGCUGCCAAUUACUGGAACAUGAUAUUGUGAUGACUCAUCUAAAGGACAGUAGGCACAGAAAACAUUGUAGUACUAAACAUGAGAAGACUUUAGUUUUGCGUUCUCUAUGCUUCUGCCAGAUCUCAAGGCAUAGCAGACAUCAUGUGGGAGAUGUAAUGGCAUGAUUCUUCAUGUCUACCAAUCAUAUACUACAACACAGCUGUACACAUCUUCUGUAUAAAUAGGCGGCAGCAGAACAGUAGAUACAUCAAACAAGAAGCUCUUAUUUUCUGCUUCUCCUUCUCUAAUCUACCACAAGACAGCAAAAAGGUUCACGCUCAGAUAUGGCUUUCCACCAAAGAUCGAUAAGUUUGCCUUCUAGGCCUCACGUCAGUGAGACCGAAGUCGACCAAGAGCUCUACAGCCUAGAAGCAAGCAUCUCUUCCUCCAAUUCCAUCGGCACGAUGUGCGAUGGUCUCAGGACUCUUGCAAACAUCUACGAUGAUCUUGAAGAGAUCAUCUGCCUACCAAGCAACCAAGUUUUCUCCUCCCAGCAAAGGAGGAUGUUGGAUGGAGAAAUGGAAGGUUCUCUCGAGCUGCUGGAUCUCUGCAGCGCCAUCCAAGAGAUCUUCGUCGAGAUGAAGGCCAUCAUCCAAGAGCUGCAAGUGGCCCUAAGGAAAGGGGAUGAUUCCUCUGCUCAAGCCAAGAUCCAAGCUUACACCCGCUUGGCAAAGACGGCCAAAAAUCAUUUCAAGAAGAACACGAAGAAGGCUCCUGCAGAUUGUAGCAUGGUCAUGAUGUUGGCCAAUGCCAGAGAGAUCUCUUCCUCCCUGCUGAAGUCUGCACUCCAUCUCUUGUCAAAGCAAAUCGAAAUGCCCAAACAGUCUCUUGUUUCCAAGGCAUUUUACAAGAAGAAGGCGGUUGUUUGUAAGGAGGAGCAAUUGUCGGAGUUAGAGUGCAGCAUCGGGGAUCUUGAGAGUGGAGCGGGACAUCUGUUCAGGAAAUUAGUCCAAAGCAGAGUUUCUCUACUCAACAUCCUUAGCUCGUAGAUACUCCAGUCACUCUUGACACCCUCUGCUCGGCAUCCGCCUUUUAAGGAAUCGCUGAACUUCAUACAAUUUUCCCAUAUGUAUACGCUAUACUGUACAAAUGUACAUGAUAUUAUAGAAAGAGAAAUCAAAGUUUUGAUCCAUUUGGCCAUUUCAUGCUGGAAGAUGUGUUUGUGAUACUUUAUGCUGAUAUCCUUGGUUAGUGGAUCUUGCUUCUUAUGAAUGAAACAUGCCAGAUCAAAGUCACAAGGUCUCAACUUGUAGUUAGCAGAAUCAAUCAAUUUUAUUACCAACAUUCUCUACCACCACCACAUGUCCACAUGGCUGUGCAGUCUGGCACUACAAUUAAACAUAGUUCUUAUUUCAUACAACAAAGUCCAAAUUAAUGUACUCGGACUUUAACAUCGUCGGCAUAAAUAGCAUCUAAGCAUUUAAGAAGGAAAAAAUAACAAAAACAUUUACUCUAGAAACACAGUUUCUCUAUGGGAUUAACUAUAUGCAAAGUUUUUGUUCCUUUCCAUAUAAUAAUUCUCAGUACACAAAGAACAAUCAAUGCUUUAUAUGCUUAUUUCAAACUUCACCAGAAAUAAAGACACUAAUAUUAGAGAAUAAGUUACUACAACUAAAAGGUAAUAGGAUUGUAUAGAAGAUAUUGAAAAAAGCUUGUUUCUGUAUGGUUAGAUAUGAAAUAAUCAUGCUACUCACACAGUGGGUGGCUGAAAGCCUCAAACUGAAAAAUAAUCAUGUUUCUGACAGUACUCUGAACCGCUAACAUGGACCUUCUGCAGUGGGUCUUGUUUCCAUGGCCCAAACAUGCCAGCUCCGGACGUUGAGGCUUCAAC